UCUCUCUCUCUCUCUCUCUCUCUCUCUCUCUCUCUCUCUCUCUCUCUCUCUCUCUCUCUCUCUCUAUGCUGAUUAAUUUUGCUGCUUUUCGGGGGUGUCUCGUAAGAAAACAGCUGUUUUUGUUUGCCUCUUCAGCCCUCAAUACAAGCAACAACCGUUUUGUUGUUUUCUUGAAAUAAAGGUGGGAUCUUUUUCACUCUAAUUUUUUUUCAAGAAAGCCCCUUUCCUCCUGUUUUCAACACCCCUUUUGCGUGGUAUUGCUUCUGGAAAUAAAAAAGAAAAAAAGAAAAAAAAAAGAAAAAAAAAUCAAGAAAAUGGUGCGUGUCUCAUUGCCUGGUUUGUGUCACCAGCAGAUGAUAAUGAUGAUGGCUGUGCCCACUAAGAUCACCCCUUUGGGAAAUUGUGGCAGGUGUAAUGAUGUUGUCGGUCAUGGUCGAUUUUCGAGUGAUUACAGAAAGGGGAAGAUGAAUCAUGCAAUGGCUACCCCAACUGGAAAUGCUGCAGCCAAGAUCACAAGGUUGCCCUUUUUGCCCCUGGCUUCUUCUGCUGUGGCGAAACCUCGUAAUUCUUCGAGGGCCAAUUUCUAUAAGGAGGUUCUUGAAUCUGCUAGAGAUAAAUUUACGAGGGCGAUUUCGUUUCAGUCCAAGGACAAAGAUAUCUCACUUGCAAAGGCUUUACAUUACGUGGCCGCUGAGGACGAGGCUUAUUUGGCGUACAAUCGGGAAAUUGACGCUUUUGCCCUCCAAAACGAGCGUAGUGACACGUCAUCGCCUCACGAUGCACAAGGGUUCGAAGCUGUGGAGAAUAUGCCGAUGGAUGGAAAAAACAUGAAUGAGUGGCUGGUCGAAAUUGAUGCCAUAGCAAAAGAAGUGGAAGCUGAGCUGGUCUCGAGGGAUAUAGGGUGCCACCUGGCGGAAGUUCUCGAGGCGGUGAAUAAAGUACUUUUCGAGACGAGAGGUUUUAAACGGUCGCAUGUGGUGGUGGAUUCAAAGUGUUUGUACUUGCACUCUGUGUUAAGCUCUGGUUCUGCAAGUGCGAUUUUGCUUAGUGUGAUUUACAUUGAGGUUUGCCGAAGGCUUAAUUUGACUAUUGUUGGAUCCCGAGUUGGGGACGAAUUCUUGAUAUGGCCUCCAACAGGAAAUCCCGAGGAGCUAUUUAAAGUAACUUCGGGACGCAGUUUGUUUGGGAUCGUAAACGGGAAAUGCGUGGACGAUCCACGAUCGAAGGCGUCUGACAUUAAUAGCAGCUCGCUUUUAGGUUUAGAAAUCGCGACAAAUCGAGAUAUUAUUGGGAUUGCUUUGGCGAAUUUGAUUAGGUUUUACUGGAAACGGGCUUCGAAAACAAAUUACGGGCUGAUGUUAACUUCUCCACUUAGGUCUGCUCAUAGAUCCGAAGAGAAGUUCAGUAAGGACAAUUGUUCGGAAAUGCCUUUGUUACGCCCUCAAGAGCUUAGGCUUGCGAUAAUGGCUUCGGAGAGAUUACUAAUACUUCAGCCGCAUAGUUGGGCUUUGCGAAGAGACUAUGGCAUGAUGUUAUACUAUAAUAGAGAAUACGAGGCUGCAGUGCAAGAGCUAAGCAUCUGCAUGGCUUUUGCACCGGAAGAGGAGUCCGAGGUUCUAGAACCUUUUGUCGAGAAGUUGCAUUUAAUGAGGCUCGAAAAAUCGUGGAAAUCUUCGUUAGGGCAAAAAGGUCGGCUAACAGUUACUUGAUUUAAAUCUCCUAUGUACAAAAUUUAUGUUCUCUCUUAAUCUAUAGCUUCGUUUAGUCUCGUGUAAUACUAUUCUCGUCGUUUUAAAGUAAAAACUUCGGACGUAACUUUGUCGUUAAAGACUCGUGUAAAUAUUUUCCUUAUCGACAUAUAUACGAUCUUAAAGUUUUCUUA